AGUUUAUGAUGUCAUCAUGUAGACUUCUUACAAAGUAUUUUACAGUAUCUUAAAAAUACAAAAAUACAAAACACUAAAGUAUUUUGAUACAAAAUACGAAGCUAUUUUCAUCAACCCUAUCAAAUACAAAUUACAAAAUACUAUUUUGUAUUCGAAAUACGUAUUUGAAAUACAUGUAUCAUAAAUACUGCCCAUCCCUGUUCAUCAGCAACACCUGUUCUUUGAACUGAUCAGCAAGAAUGUCACUUUUCUACAUAAUAUUCAAUGCUUUUAAAAUCAAGAUGCUCUAGGUCACCUAAGCACACGUUUGGGAGACAUGCUGUGCAAUUGCUUACUAAGCAAAAUCUGAUUGAAAAAUUGAUUUUUUCUUUGGUCUUGUGUCAGAUUUUUUCUGAGUUUGCGUGUGGAUUACCCUGUAAGAAAACUGGUUUCUUAAUUACGGUACAUUACAUCUAAUUGUUAGUCACACCUUAACAUUCUUUAUGUAGAACUCUUACAAUAAAGAUUGAGCAAACAUACAAUUAAAUUAACCUCAGACUAAACUAAACGAGUUUGACCUGUAUAAACAACAAUUUAUUGUAUGGAAUGAAGAAUCACAUGAUAUGAGGGUGAGAAAAUGAGAGUAUGUUCAAUUUUGGGUCAAAUAUCCCUUUAAAUACAUCUUAUAAAUUUCUAAUAAAGAGGAAAAUUAUUUUCCUUAGACCCUCCGUAUGGUACAUUUACCUGUUUUAUGUCACUUUUUAAUUUUUUUUGAUAAACUUUCAUUUUCUCAUGAAGACCCACCCAUUCUGAUAAAUGGCCGCUGAAACUGGCAAGCUACACUGCACAGCAUAAAUGAGUACACACCCUCUGAACAAAUACAAAAGAUGUAUUUUCUUUAUGAUCACUAAUACAAUUCAUGGCAAAACUAAGAUGGCAAAACUAAAAUGUAUUAAACAUAUACAUAAUAAAAACUGAGAAAUAUGUCAUUAAUAGCCAUAAAAUAAGUAAAUUAGCCAAUUUUGUUUAAAUGAAGGAUUGCAGAAAUGAGUACACCCUAGAUUUAAUUCAACAAAUGUAUAAUAUUCUAGUACUUAGUAUGCCCUCCAUAAUUUUGAAUAUAUUGCUCUGACCCUUCUUGGCAUUGAGUGUACAAGUUCUUGACAAAUUGUCACAUCAACAAUGCAGGGAAUAAGGAAAGGGUAACAUCUUCUGUUUCAAGAUUGUGUAUUAAAUUACACAGUGGUGUGGGAAUUCAUGACAGCAUUGAUAAAGCACAACUCUCUCACACCUUCAGCACUCAUACAUCCCUAUAUAAGAGCUUUACUACCACUGAACUUUACUGUGGGAACCAGGCACUUCUCACUGUACUCCUUCUCUAGCAACACCAUAACAUUUUGGACGCUGUUAGAUCCAAAAUGAUUGAUUUGGUCUCAUGAGACCAGAGUAUUGAUUCCCAGAAUCUAUAUUUUGUAAAUAUGGGCUUUGGAAAUGGCUAACUGACUUUAUUGUGCUUUGGCUACAGUAGGUAGUUCCAGUGAGAACAACAACCAUGCAUGUCAUUUCUGCAGGCUGCAUCUUACUCUGUGAGAUAAACAGUCAAUCUUUUUAUAGCUUUUGCUGGCUCUGAGACACUCGCUUGGUAUUUCUCCAGCUCUUUGUCUAGCAAAAAAAAUCCCUCAUCACUAAAUGAAAGCUUAAAAUGAAGGCCUGAUUAUUUCAGGGGCCUUGUCACAAGUCCAUUGUUUUUGAAUUUCUGUGUUACUUUUGCUAUAUUUUCACACUUAAAACAAUGAUUUGGUAAUCCUCUUGUACCACUGUCCUCUUUUGUGCUGAGAAAUAAGUCUCCUGACAGUUCUCUCCCAAGUGCUUCCAUUGUUGUCAGCAUCAAGUCUUAGAAUGAUGCAGUGGGCUACAUAACACUUUAAUUGUCAAGAAAUUACUUCUCUUUAAAUGUUUUGGUUCAACAUACUUACCUGUUGAUCAAACAUUGCCGUAAACUUACUAAAUAAAAUGAAAUAAAAAUUUUCUUGUGUAUCUUUUAGGAGGGGGUACUCAUUUUUGUUACAUAACAUUUUAUCACCUUGAUAAGAAUUUUAUUUUCUUGAAUAAUUUUGACAUGCUUCUUUGGUAAUUGAUUAAGAAGACUUGCUGGAACAUUUUAUCUCUAAAGAACCAUAACAUGUCUUCUAAGUAAUUGAGUAAUUGCUGACUUUCAGAAGUUUCAGAGGGGGUGUACUCAUUUAUGCUGUGCACUGUAUUUCGAUCACCUCCCCAUCAAAGAUGGAUACGCAAAUCUCAGUUAUUCUUCUCUUCAUUCUUUUCACUGGAUAUACAAAAUAAAAUAAAAUAAAAUAAAGUACAAAAAGUGUUGCUAAUGCUGGAUGACCAGCAAGGCUCUUGUGACCAGGCAACAACCUGCUCCAAUAGAUUCCCAAUAGAUUUCCAACUGCUUAGGUGCAACAGUAGAUGUUGUUAAGUCCAUUAUGAUUGAUUGAAAUGUAUUGCUAUAAUUUAUUGGUGCUGUGACAGUGUUAACGUAAAUGAUGUUGAAGGACUACAACAAACAGCUGGUACACAUGUUCUGGGAACGUAAAAUUUCUAGCGGGGUAACCUGUCACCUAUAACGUUCCCGGAAUGUACAGAGACGUUUUAAGGGUUUUAAGGGUUGGGGGACGUUAUUUGUUGGACCUUCAGGGUAAUAAAGGUUAAAAUAGUCAACAUGACUACAAUGGUUCAACCUUAAUAUUAUGAAGCGAUGAGAAUACAUUUUGUGCGCAAAAACAAAACAAAAAUAUUUACUUUAUUUAACAAUUGUCAUCAAUCAUACUUGAAUUACUUGAACACCCUUUUAAAAAGCAUUAUGUGUCCACAAAGUUUUGGAACAGAGCUUCUCAAAACACAAACAAUGUUUUGCUGAAACCUACAGAAGUAUAUUUCUUAACCUCAGAGCUCAUACAUGUUAUUUUUACUUUCAGAACCAUACUGUUGCACUUUAUUUCUCAGCUAGGCAAUAUAACCCAAAAAAACUUGAAUAAAAACGACCUGACCGUGAAGCCUCGGAACACCACGGCAAAAUGUAAUUAAGUAAAAACACAAGUAUUCAGUUUAAAUUGCACUCAAAGACUCAAGUAAAGUACAAAUACCCAAAAAAUAAUAUGUUAUUAGUCAAACACCCAGCAUUUGUUAGGUUGGUCAUAUUAUGCAUUUGUAUCCAUUUAUUUAAUGUGUUUGGCAACAGUUGUCUAAACAAACAGUCUCUUUGAGUGAAAUAAGAAUGUGAACUAUUCAUAGACUGGUUCCUCGACAACAUUUCAUUACAUCAGUUGUACCUAAAGCAAUGUUGUGUGUGACAGUCAGUUCCAAAGAUUUAGCAAACACAAUACAAAUGUUUUUGAAAACCAAAACAAGUCUGCUCUGUGAAUUUUUUUUUUUUUUUUUUUUUUUUUAGUUCAGGCUGCAUGUUUUAGCAAUUAAAUGCAUGGUCUAGCUUUCGAAGAUCUUAAUAUAAAACAAAAAUAUAUAAAACAUAUGCUAAUUAAAAACUUUGAGCACAGUAGUUUGUGGUGGGUGGAAAUCAACACCAGCACAUGUACUUGCUGGUACAUUUAUCAUUUCCAAAGGAAAUAAUCAUUUUAAGUUAUACAUUGUUUUUGGAUUUUGAUUGGCUAAAUGUUUUUAUUAUUCAUUAGCUGGAAAAAAAAAAUCAACAAUAUCAUUUCUCUGUGCCGUUGUCAUUAUAGUUGUGGUGGGCACUUUGCUAUUCAUAUUUUUAGGAAUUUUAAGAAUUAUCUUUAUAGUUAUCAUUAUAUUUAUUGUCCUUAGUGUGAAGAGACCUUUAAAGGGAUAGUUCACUCAAAAAAAAAAAAAAAAAAGUGUUUUGUCUUGCAGGUUUGGAAACAUGACGGUGAGCAAAUUAUGGCAGAAUCUUAAUUUAAUGAGAUGAACUAUCCUUUUAAAUCUACUUUUCUUAUAAAGAACAAGAUUUAUUUCCAUACUAGACCCCUCUGCUGAAGUUAAUAAUUUAAUCUACUGUUUUAUUUCAUUGUCUUUCUGUUAAACUUUCAUUUUCUCAUGAAGAUCCUCCCCUUUAGAUAAGCUAUAUAAUGGGCACUGAAACAGGUGCAUUAUUACAUUCACCUCCUGAUCAAAGAUGGAUCUGCAAAUCUCAGUUUUUCUUCUGUUCAUUCUGUUCACUGCGGGACACUCUCUCAGCUGUUAUGGGUGUCUGUUGGGCUCUUGUACACAGACAACAUGCUCCAGUGGAUUCACCAACUGCUCCAGUUUAACAUAUGCUGACAAUGCUACUGUGGGGAAGAUUAGAGGUUGUGUUCCAGCAAGUAGCUGUGUAAAUGGGUUUGUCAGCUUCGGCUCUGUAAAGGCCUCUACUUCCUGCUGUAACACAGACCUGUGUAACUCCCAAGAUGCUCCAGAGCCCUCUAACACCCCAAAUGGAAAGAAAUGUUACAGUUGUAAUGGAUUAACAAUACAGAACUGCACAAACGUUUUGAGCUGUUCAGAGACUGAAGACCGCUGCUUUAAAGCAGGGACUGGUGUAAAUCAGACAGAUGUUGUAAAAGGCUGUGCCUCCAAAUCAGUUUGUGAUGCAGCACCAGCAGCAGAAGCUAGUUUUAACAUUGGGAACUUCACUUGUUGUGAGGGGAACCUGUGUAACAGUGCUCAGAGUGUCUCCCAGAGCUUCCUGUUCCUCUGCUGUUCUCUGCUCUCCUACUUCCUGCUGCACUGA